AUGCAUGCUGGCCAAACAGGCGUCAUGGGCCUUGAGAAGGGCUUUCAUCUUGCCUGGCGAUCUGUGGAGUACUACGGGAAGGCGAUGCUGCAAUACGGGCCAGAAGUGCUGAUGGCAGCUGCGGCUUUCCCCAUCCUGCAGCUGCCUGUGCUCCUGCUCACCGUUGGUUCAGGUGCCCUUGUCGGAAUGGAACUUGUGGGCGCCAUCCUACUUGGUUGGUAUGCUGGGGCCAUCUACGGCUUCACGAUGGGCUCCAUGCAGAUCUUGAGGACAACUGUGGACCUGUCGGGAGAAGCCCUGGCGAUCGGGUUAGGGUACCUGGGAACAGCCCUCUCUGUGUCCACCAAGGCCACCAUGGAGUUUGCAAGGGGCUUCGUCCCUCUUGUCAAGUCAGUGUGCCGGGCCCCUCGAUGA